AUGGACAGAUCAUGGAUGUACCUUGCACCAAGAUCAAGUCAAACUUUUGUUAAUGGGGUGCAGACCUUCUUAAAUUUUGCAUUUGAGAGAGCAUGUGUGAAUGGGACGUUGAUAAAGUGUCCAUGUACAAGUUGUCUAAACAUGAAAUAUAAGAGUAGACAAACUGUUCUAGAUCACCUUAUAUGUUCAGGGUUCCGACCUGAAUACUGGAAAUGGGUAUAUCAUGGAGAAGGCACAACGGUUGCAUCAACAACCACAACCUAUGACGAGGAAGAGGAGAUAUUACGCCAUGAAAUGCAUGAAAUGUUGGAUGAUAUAUUUGAAACAGAAGGUGGAAUUGGAGUCGAGAUGCAUGAGACUGCUUCAAAUAAUAGUGAAGAGACGAAUACCAGAAGAAGCGAAUUUGAUGACCUUGUCAAGGAAGCUGAAGAAAAGGUGUACCAGAAUUGCAAAUACAACAAGUUAUCUUGUGUUGUGCGUUUGUACCAAUUAAAAUGUCUCAAUGGAUGGAGUAGCAAAUCUUUCACUAUGUUGUUAGAGUUUCUGAAGGAUUUGUUACCUAAAGGAAAUUUGUUACCUAAAACAACGCAUCAAGUGAAGAAAAUCAUGGCAAGCUUGGGAUUAAGAUAUGAAAAAAUCCAUACAUGUCGUAAUGGUUGCAUGUUGUUCUGGGAUGAUAAAGAGAAAGAUGAAGUUUGUUCUUUUUGUGGAUCUUCUAGAUGGAAAGUUCAUGAAGCUAGUCCAGAAGAUGAAGAGAGUCCUCCCAAGAAGAAGGCUUGUAAAAUAUUAAGAUGGUUUCCUUUAAAACCUAGACUUCAAAGAUUUUUUAUGUCAUCAAAGACGUCUAAUCUUAUGAACUGGCAUCAUAUUGACCGUGUGAAAGAUGGCAAAUUGCGGCAUCCAGCAGAUGCGUUAGUUUGGAAAGAUUUUGAUGAAAAGUUUUCCGAAUUUGCCAGUGAUCCCCGUAAUGUUCGUCUAGCUUAG